UUCCCAGCGGCGGAAACUAAAUGUGUUUUAUUUGUUGCUAGGAUAGCGAACAAAGACUUAUUUGGACAUAUAUAACCUUACGUGAAUAUAUGUCAAUGAAAACAAAGACAUGACCCGCCCUUCUGUCUCUCUGAUUGGAACAGACUGGACAUUGAACUAAACACUUCGGCCGUUGAGUUAUAUAACUGUUACGGUAACGUUAUAACACCUCCUAACUCACUCCGUAACUCUCCUCAACUUAAACUUUCCUUAAAGUCCGCAUCUAACGGAGAAACUCCAGCUACCGUCGUGGGGUCAUGAUGCUGAAGCGUGUGGCUGUUAUUGGUGCCGGAGCAGCAGGACUCUGUGCAGCCAGACACAUCCUGUCCCGAGUGAACCGGUUCGCCCCCCCGGUGGUCUACGAGCUCACGGACAAGGUGGGCGGGACCUGGUGCUACGACGAGAGAGUCGGGACGUACCCCAACGGGAGGCCCAUACACAGCAGCAUGUAUAGAGACCUCCGGACCAACCUUCCCAAGGAGGUGAUGAUGUUCCCUGACUUCCCGUUUGACUCGAGUCUGAACAGCUUCCUGCCGCACCACGAGGUCCAGCGCUACCUGGAGAGCUACUGCCAGAGCCACGCCAUCGGGCCGCACAUCAGGUUCAACACAGCAGUGGACAGCGUGCGGCCUGUGGUGUCAGCUGAUGGCGAGCAGAGCCGGACCACGUGGCAGAUGACCUCCUCUGAUUGGUCGGGUCGCCAGGAAACAGAAACCUUCGACGCGGUCUUCGUCUGCUCGGGGCACUACUCUCACCCCCACAUCCCCUCCAUCCCCGGGAUAGACAACUUUAAAGGGGAGGUGCUCCACAGUCAUUCGUACCGGUAUGCCGAGCCGUACGCGGGCCAGACGGUGGUGGUUCUGGGCGCCAAAGCUUCAGGAUUGGACAUUUCCAUUGAACUGGUUAAAGUUGGUGCAAAGGUGACUCUGAGUCAUCGUCUCCCCCGUAUCACCUUUCCUCUCCCUGAGGGGAUCCAACAGUCCAGUCCGGUGGUGGCUGUCGAGGACGACGGCAGACUGCGCUUCCAGGACGGCUCCGUGAGCUCCGCCGAUGUCCUGCUGCUCUGCACCGGCUACAACUUCCGGUACCCGUUCCUGGACGGGCGCCAGCUGGGCCUGGAGAUCCAAGACCACGUCAUGACUCCGCUGUACCGCUUCCUGACGCCUCCGGCCUUCCCCUCGCUCUUCUUCAUCGGCAUCUGCAAGAUGGUCUGCCCCUUCCCCAACUUCAACGUCCAGGUGCAGUUCUGCAUGGCGGUGCUGGACGGCUCGGUGACCUUGCCAUCCCGUGGCGAGAUGGAGCAGGAGGUGCGUCGGGAGCUGCAGGAGAAGCUGUCCCGCGGCGUGGAGCAUCGCCACCUCCACAUGAUGCAGCUGGAGCAGUGGGACUACUGCUCCUCGCUGGCCUCCUCCGGGGGCUUCGCCCCGCUGCCCCCCGUCACCAGGAGCCUGUACGAGGAGGUGUGGCGGCAGCGCGGAGUUCACCCCCAAAAAUACCGAGAACGCAACUACCGGCUGGUCAGUGACGCACGCUGGGAGGAGCUCAACUGACGCACGCAACGCACAUGAGACGAGUUUUUAUAUCUGAAGGCGGGGAUUGGUUCAACCUGAUUGGCUGGGAUUGGUUCAACUUGAUUGGCUGGGAUUGGUUCAACCUGAUUGGCCCACAAUGACCAAUACAUGGACUCCAAUGGAAGGCUGGCUGUUUGAUUAAUAUAUACGUUUAAAUAGGUUUUAGAAACUACUACUUCUGAUCUCUGUGUGUGUCUCUCUGUGUGUGUGUGUGUGUGUGUGUGUGUGUGUGUGUGUGUGUGUGUGUGUG